AUGGUGUGGGCAAGCUCUGCCCUCGCUGAGGUCCUGUGGAGGCGAGAGCUCCGCCCGCCCGUCGCGGGCCGGCGCUCCGAGGUCCCCACGCGAGGCGGGGACCCCAGGGGGCCUGAGGUCAGGGCGCGGACGGCUGGGGGCGUCUGCGAGGCGAGCCCCUCCGAGCGGCGCGGGGCCGGGACUCCUCGAGAGCCCGAGAUGAAGCCCUGGGCCACGGACACCGGAGUGAAACCAGGUCCGCGUGGUGAGCGGAAGCCCGGUCGGCCCCUGACAAACCCCAUGGAGUGGAGAGGGGGCGGCUGCCGUCUGCUGCGGCGUCUUCACGCGUGGUCGUGCGGGCGGGGGGCGCAGAGCCUGGACCUUGGGGGUGUGGCCCGGGGGCGUCGAGAGCGCCCCGCAGGCAGGGUCCUGAGGAGACGCACCUGGGCCGUCUGGGGGCACAUCCAAGGAGCUGGAGCCGCGGCUGAAGCCGCGAGCCCCAGAGGUGCAGGCGAGCCCCUCAAGGGGCUGGAGAUGGACAGCGGGAAGCGUUUGUUUAAGGCCUUCCUGGGGAAGAUGCCAGAGUCGCAGCCGUCCCAAGAGAACGGGCAGCCCUCAGCUCCACCAAGCCCAGCGGUGGCCUGGGGCCAGCCCGGGGCCCCCGAGCAGCAGUCAGCAGGUGCUGCAGACUCAGGACUGGCUGUGGGCUCUGCCCCUCUGCCGGCCAACCCAACCCCGGGCACCACCGAGCGGAGGGAUCGCAGUCAGGGGGAGCUCUGCCCCCAGAGCAGGGACAGUGUCCUGCUGAGCAGGCAGACGUGGGUGGGCAGCUGCUCUGGCCCCGGGGGCGCUUCACAAGCAACAGAAGCCACGCCCCCAGGAGUUCUGUACUGUUCCCUGGGCGUCAGGGUCCAGGCCAGGCUAGAUGGAUCCGGCCUGAGGCAGGCCAGGCUCAGUGAAGGCCGUGGAGCUGUGUGCUUCGACCCGUCUGCAGUGUGGGCCAGCUCUGCUUGGCCGGGACCGACCGGGCAGCAGCCAGAGGGCCAUGGCCUCCGCAGUAAUGGCCCCCAGCAUCCAGGGGGCCGACCCGUGCACGGGAAGGCAGGGCAGGUGCCGGCCGGGGUGCCCAGGGGCCGAGCCGCCGGGCACGGCCACAGAAGGCCCCAGGACCAGAGGCUGAGGACCUGCCCGCCCGCCGGCACUAGGGAGGCUGAGCGCACCGCACUUUGGAAGCGUACCCCCUCCGCGUGGCGGAUGCGGGACCCCCAGGCGCGGCCGGCACGGACCCCUGCCCUGUCCCCGCAGGUGUGCGAGCCGCAGGGGAGCAGGCCCCCGAGCCGCCGCUGGAACGUCAGCAGAGAGGAGCGCUGGAGGCUGGCCGUGCUGGGCGGCGGCGAGAGGCCGGGCCUCCCCGGGGCGACCCUCUCCUACAGGGACCUCGCGCAGAUCGUGGCCCAGCUGGUGUCCCAGGACGUGGACAAGGACGUGCUCUUCCCCCAUCCACCGAGGUCCGCCGAGUCCAGCAGCGCCUUCCAAGCCUUCCUGGUCCGGAGCGCGCCUUUCUGGCACAGUGUGACUCAGGAGGCCCAGGCCUCGAGGUCGCCGCCCUCCUAA